AUGUAUCAUAUUUCCUGUCGAAACUCUUUCGCUUGCUGCUGAUUUCAAAAUUAGCUGUAAAUGUACAGAAUUAAUAUCGGCAUGAAUUGGAGCUGAACUAAUGAGUGGAAGGAGAAGAAGCAAACCCAAUCUGGGUGGAGGGCGUUCAGUAAACCCCGAGGAGGUGGAAACAGGAUGUUGUGAUGAUGAGGAUGAUUUCAGCCUGGAUUUGGGUCCCAGACGGUCAUUCAAGCCUCUCUCAUCUAGAGGUUCAAGAGGUGUCCGUGGGGCUCGUGGAGGGACCGGCAGAGGAAGAUCUCAGGCACUGCCCAGAAAACACGAGGAGGAGGAGAAGAGAUCCAGAUUUAGACCUGAACAAGUGCAGCUGCCCCUGCAGAAGACACACGUGACGUCAGAGAACAAACUGCGGGUCCAAGAACUGCUGCGGGAACUUCAGAGCCACGAGUAUCACUUGAGUUUGUUUCUAUAGAGGCAACAGUGGCCUUGGUUCUGCAAAUAUUUCUUUUUUCCUGUUCAUUUUCUCCAUUGGGAUUUUUUUUCUUCUCUUAAAUGGAUAGUUCACCCACAACUAUCCCCUUUUUUGUUUACUCGCCAGACUGAGAUAUGAUGUGCUGUUUUGAUAUAAUUAUUAAGACUUGCACUGAUGUUUGUUCUGUUUAGGGUUGGUGUAACGCAGCAGAGAGCGGCUUUAAGGCUGGUUACCAGUACUGCAGAGAGAACUUCCUCUCGAUCCGGGGCUUACAGGUGAGACUGGACUCUGAUUGGCUUUGUGAAGGAUGGACUGAAGGCCAGGGUCAUUAUCUCAAAAGGAAGUGAUGGGGUGCUGGAGGCCACAGGCUAUGAGGCCAACCUGAACUCUCCCAACACGAAGCUGAUGUCAGCCUUGUUGUGUGCGGCUCUCUACCCUAAUGUAGUCCAGGUGAGAUCUCUUCAGGGAGAGUUCAUCAUCUCUCUGGACGACGGCUGGAUCAGGUUUACUGCUGCGUCUCAUGAGAUACAGUGAGGGAAACUGGGGCUGCGUGACGUCACAGCAAAGUUUGAACAGAACCAAGAUGGCGGAAGACAGCAGACCGAGGAAUCGGCGUUUCUCUGCGACGGACCGUAAAUGCCACAACUUUGCUGAAGAUAUGACCGGUGUGGAAGAUGUUCCAUUGUGCCGCCCCGUUGAGGUGAUGAGCUCACUGGAGGAGUUCAGCUCUGAUACUAAUGGAGUGGCAUCAUGUGCUGCAGCAGAAGAGCUUGAGCUAGAGGAGGACCCAGUUCCUGAGGAGGCUCGACCCAUCCAAAUAGUGGUUGCGAAGGAGGAUGAUCAUAAGUUUGAGUUGGAUGCCGCUGCGUUGGAAAAAAUCCUGAUGCAGGAACAUUUGAAGGAUCUCAAUGUGGUUGUGGUGUCUGUGGCCGGGGCCUUUCGCAAGGGGAAGUCCUUCCUGCUGGACUUCAUGCUGCGUUACAUGCAUAAUCCGUCAUCUGAGUCAUGGAUGGGAGGAGACGAUGAGCCGCUGACUGGUUUCUCCUGGAGGGGAGGCUGUGAGAGAGAGACUACAGGAAUCCAGGCCUGGAGUGAGGUGUUUGUUGUGGAAAAGGAGGAUGGAACUAAGGUGGCUGUUCUGCUGGUGGACACUCAGGGAGCCUUUGACAGUCAGUCCACCAUCAAAGACUGUGCCACAGUUUUUGCUCUGAGCACCAUGACCAGCUCUGUGCAGGUUUAUAAUCUCUCUCAGAAUAUCCAGGAAGAUGAUUUGCAGCAUCUCCAGCUGUUCACAGAAUAUGGUCGACUUGCAAUGGAGGAGAUAUAUGAGAAGCCAUUUCAGAAACUAUUGUUUCUGAUCAGAGACUGGUGUUACCCCUACGAGCAUGACUAUGGGCUCAAAGGAGGGAAUCGCUUCUUGGAUCGGAGACUACAGGUGAAGCAGAAUCAACAUGAAGAGCUGCAGAAUGUUAGGAAACAUAUUCACAGCUGUUUCUCCAGCAUAGGCUGCUUUCUGCUGCCACAUCCAGGUCUGAAGGUGGCCACCAACCCUCACUUUGAUGGCAGACUGAGAGACAUUGAUGAUGAGUUCAAGAAGCAGCUGCAGAAGCUAGUGCCUUUACUCCUGGCACCAGAGAACCUGGUAGAGAAAGAGAUUGGUGGAGCUAAAGUCACGUGCAGAGACCUGCUGGAGUAUUUCAAGGCAUAUAUUAAAAUCUAUCAAGGGGAGGAGCUUCCACAUCCUAAAUCCAUGUUGCAGGCAACUGCUGAAGCCAACAACUUGACAGCUGUCGCUGGAGCGAAAGACACUUAUAACAGAACCAUGGAGCAGGUAUGUGGAGGUGACAAACCAUACAUCGCCCCUGUUGACCUUCAGCGCUAUCACGAAGAGUUUAAGAAAACCUCCGUGCAUCAGUUUUGUGCGGUGAAGAAAAUGGGCGGCCUGGAGUUCAGUCAGCGGUACCAGCAGCAGUUAGAGACUGAGCUGGAUGAAGUGUACACGAAUUUCGUGAAACACAAUGAAAGCAAGAACAUUUUCUAUGCAGCGAGAACUCCAGCCACCCUGUUUGCCGUCAUGUUUGUUACCUAUAUGGUCUCCACAGUAGCGGGUUUCAUUGGGCUAUCAGUAAUCGCGGCUCUGGUCAAUCUGGUGAUGGGGGUGUCGCUGCUGUCGUUGUGUGCCUGGGCGUAUGUCAGAUACUCAGGAGAGUAUCGAGAAGUGGGUGUGGCGAUAGACCUCAUAGCAGAGGCCCUGUGGGAACAGGUGCUGAAGCCACUCACUGAGCAAUACAUGGAAGAAAAUGUCCGACAGACUGUUGUGAACUCUAUAAGAGCCACGCUAACAGAUCAGGUGACACAAGCGACAAAGUUGAAGACCAACUGACAGUUUGCUGUGCCUUAUCUUCCCUGUGUUUGAACAAUCACUGCUUUUAUGUUUUGUAUUUUCUGUGAUGUUUGGUCAUGUAGACUGUUUAAUCAAAGUUUACAGCAUACUUUACCCUGACCAAUAUACACACCGACAUGCUGACUGACACUGUAACCGCAACAGACAUGAGUACAAAUGCUUAGAAAUUCAGGUUUAAACAUCAGGUAUACAUGCAGCUUUGGAUUUCUCUUGCUUUGAGAGAUUAUUGAGGGAAGCACUACAAAUGUUUUACAAUCUGAAAGUGAAUUUGAACAGCAGAUGUUUAAAUCCCUUAUGUGCUUAACGGUUGAAUUACUGCUCUCAGAUGAUGAUCCAUAGCAUUUCCCAUUUCACCUUCUAGCACACAGUUACUCGGUUUUAAAACGUUAUAGCAUUUUGCUGGAUUUCUUGUGAGGUAUUUUUAGAGCCUUUAAGGAAUGCUGAAGUUGUAAAUCCAUCCAAGACACCCCUCUAUCGGGCCUCUUUCUGUACAGUGUUGUUUUAGACUGUAUCAUAGCCUCAUGCAUGUAAAUGAGUGUACAAAUAUCAGCUGUAGAGCACGAGAGGAUUUAAUUUCCAAUGUUUUGAGAUGAGUAUGAAUGUGACGCUGUAUUUGCCUUUUGUUGUACUUCAGAGCACCUUUCAUUGUGCGCAGUCUUCUGACACAAGGGAGUGCUCACGAGAAGACUUGAUUUGUCAGUCUUUUAAGGUUAUGCCAUGUAAUUUAUUUUUUAAACAAUUAAAAUAUUUAAAAUGUG